CUUCCCAGCUUCUAAGGCGGGCGCGGUGCUGUGAAGCUAGUCCCGCCAGGCUCCAGGCAUGGGCUUGCCGCCUCCGACCCCUCUGCUCUUGGGGCUCCUCCUUCUGCUGGGCAUCCUGAGGCCGCUGUGGGGGGACCUGGUUUUUAUUCCUGCUUUCAUCCGCAUGACCGGUCCCGCGGUCACUGCGUCCCUGGUGGGAGGCACCGAAGAUGUGACCGUGUCCCUGACCCUGCUGCAGGACAAGGAAGGAUUAUUGCCCGUUCCAGCUUGUGGAGUGCUGACCAAUGAGACAGGAGACUGGAGCUUGACUGUGACCCCCACUGUGAAUGCGUUGGAGGUGACAGUGAGAUUGAAGAGGGGUCCGCAAAGGUGUUCCUCUAAUGAGACGGAGUCCUCCUCAGAGUCCCCGUGUAUGGUCCAGGCUCUUCUGGUUUCAGCAUCUCGGAAUUCAUCCUGUUUAGCUCAUCUACUCAUCCGAGUGGAAAUUUAUGCCAACUCUUCUUUGGCCCAUAAUGCAUCAGAGAAUGUGACUGUUAUUCCCAAUCAGGUGUUUCAGCCCCUGGGUCCUUGUCCCUGCAAUCUGACAGCCGGGGCCUGCGAUGUUCGCUGCUGCUGUGACCAGGAAUGCUCGUCCGAUCUAACGGAGCUGUUCAGAGAGGCCUGUUUCACCGGCAUUUUCGGAGGCGACGUCAGUCCCGACUCUGACCACCUGUGCUCUGUGCAGGAGAGCCGCGGGGUGCCCGGCUGGUUCCCAUUCCUGUGUGUGCAGUCCUCGCCGGCCAACUCGCCCUUCCUGGGCUACUUCUACCGUGGCUCCGUCUCCUCUCAGCGGCGUGCUUCCUUUGGAGUGCAUCUGCGUGCUGAUCUAAGAGACCUCUCAGACUUCGGUUACAAGCAAGGAGAUCCGAUCAUGACUGUAGACAAGACAUAUUUCACCAUUCCGCAGGUGUCCCUGGCUGGGCAGUGUGUGCAGAACGCGCCCGUGGCGUUCCUUCACAAUUUUGAUGUUCGGUGCGCUACUAAUUUGGAAGCCUACCAAGAGCAAGAUGGUGGCGUCGUCCAUGCGAAGAUCAAGAAUGGUGCGGUGGGAGGCGUCAUUACACCGAGAGUAACCUAUGAGGAAGCUGCCGACCCAGACGCAUUCAUCACCAGGACAGGAACACUUUUAAGCAAUGAAUCAGCCUCCAGAAGCGUGAAUGUGGAAGAACAUUACAUUUUCAGAUGGAAUAAUAAUACAAUCAGUGAAAUAAAUGUCAAAAUUAUCCGGGCAGAAAUUAAUGCCCACCAGAGAGGGAUCAUGACACAGAGAUUUACAGUAAAAUUUUUAAGCUAUAAUAGUGGUGAUGAAAAGGAGUUUUCUGGAAAUCCAGGUUACCAACUUGGCAAGCCAGUUCGAGCUCUGGAUAUCAACAGGAUGAAUAAUGAGACGACCUUACACCUUUGGCAAUCGGCUGGAAGGGGUUUGUGUACAUCAGCAACUUUCAAACCCGUUUUGUUUGGAGAAGAUACACUGUCUGGAUGUCUUCUAGAAGUCGGGAUCCAUGAAAACUGUACUCGGCUUAGGGAGAAUGCUGCUGAACUACUUGACUCGUUAGUACGAGCAACUCAUGUUGCAAUGAGAGGCAACUCUGAUUACAACGAUCCUAGUGACGGCUGGCUGGAAAUAAUCCGCGCAGAUGCUGCCGACCCAGGUGCAGCCCGGCCUGUCAGCGUGCGCGGCCUCUGUGCCGGUGUUCCCGCCCGGCUGCACAUCCGCAUCCUCGUCUCAGAUGCCGGCGCAGUGGAAGGAAUGACUCAGCAUGAGAUCGUUGGCGUAGAGACAAGGCUCUCUACAGUGAACUGGCAGUUCCAGUGUGGGCUUACCUGUGAGGAUAAGGCCGACCUUUUCCCUGUCAGUGCCUCUGUUCAGUUCAUUAAGAUACCUGCCCAGUUACCCCGGCCACUGACAAGAUUCCAGAUCAAUUUUACAGAGUAUGACUGUAACAGAAAUGAGGUGUGUUGGCCGCAACUUCUGUAUCCAGUGACUCGUUAUUAUCAAGGGGAACCUUAUUCUCAGUGCGUAGCCAAGGGCUUACUCUUGUUAUCCUUCUUCGUAUUAGCUGCGUUCCUCAGUAACCCCUGGACCAGAACAUGCAAAGCUUGAAAUGCAACUACCACCUGACUUCUUACAGACCACAGACUUUUGCUUCAGUGACUUGUCGUACUCCUCUGUGCCUUUGUAAAGUUGUAAUAAAUGCAGUGCUUUAUUUAUUUAUUUUU